UCUGUGCUUACACACCAAGGGUAAAAGUUUCUGAGGAACCUCUGGCCUCAGAAGGAGGUCGAGGGGCUGGGAGAGGAGCUGUGCUUUGGGGAGCCUGGAUGCUGCGGCCACAUCUUCCCUGCACAUCAAGAGCCUGUCAGAGCCUCACACUGGAAAAAACAUCAGCUGAAGGUUCAGCUCCCCCCGGGCAAAUGCCACCCGCGGCCAAUGGAGCAGACCCCGAGGUGCCGCGAAUGGAUCCCAGGAUUCUCAUCUUCCUGCUCUAUGUGAUGAUCCUGCACGAGCUGGUGAGCGGCUGGAUGGAGUACCAGAAGCAGAUGGCCAAGCCGAAGAAGCAGGCGGGUCCGGUGUGGUCCUGCAGGGCCGUCGCCAUGUCGGUGUCGCACAGCUCCAGGCUGAACAAGCUGGUGCGGGAGCAGUACAUGAGGCUGCCCCAGGAUGGGAGGGUUCAGGUCACCUACGUCUGGAUCGACGGCAGCGGCGAGGGCGUGCGCUGCAAGAGCAGGACCCUCGAUAAGGAGCCCAAGAGCAUCGAAGAUGUCCCCGAGUGGAAUUUCGAUGGCUCCAGCACGGCGCAGGCAGAGGGCUCCAACAGUGACAUGUUCCUGGUGCCCGUCUGCAUGUUCAGGGACCCUUUUUGCCUGGACCCCAACAAGCUGGUGCUCUGCGAGGUGCUGAAGUACAACAGGAAGCCCGCAGAGACCAACCUGAGACACACGUGCAAGAAAGUCAUGGACCUGGUGAAGGACAGCCACCCCUGGUUCGGGAUGGAGCAGGAGUACACCCUGCUGGGCAUCAAUGGCCACCCCUACGGCUGGCCCGACAACGGCUUCCCCGGCCCGCAGGGCCCCUAUUACUGUGGGGUUGGAGCAGAUAAGGUGUAUGGCCGUGAUAUCGUGGAGUCCCACUACAAGGCUUGUCUCUAUGCGGGGGUGAAGAUCUGUGGUACCAAUGCCGAGGUGAUGCCCUCCCAGUGGGAAUUCCAGGUGGGCCCGUGUGAAGGCAUUGAGAUGGGGGAUCACCUCUGGAUGGCUCGGUUCAUCCUGCACCGUGUCUGUGAGGACUUUGGGGUUGUGGCCACUCUGGACCCCAAACCGAUGACCGGCAACUGGAACGGCGCCGGGUGUCACACCAACUACAGCACCGAGGAGAUGCGCAGAGAGGGGGGUCUCAAGCACAUCGAAGCUGCCAUCGAGAAGCUGAGCAAGCGGCACGAUUACCACAUCUGCGUGUACGACCCGCGCGGCGGCAGGGACAACUCCCGGCGCCUCACCGGCCACCACGAGACUUCCAACAUCUUCGAGUUCUCCGCCGGCGUGGCCAACCGAGGCGCCAGCAUCCGCAUCCCGCGCCAGGUCGGCCAGGACGGCUGCGGCUACUUCGAGGACCGGCGGCCAGCGGCCAACUGCGACCCCUACGCGGUGACCGAGGCCAUCAUGAGGACGACGGUGCUCAACGAGACCGGGGUGGAGACCAAGGACUACGCUGGCCACUGAGGCACCAGGGUGGGUGGAGGUUCUCGUGCCUACGGUAGCUUCUCCCGUGGGAUUUGUGCCUGUGCAGUGUCUUCAGCUGCAAGCUCAGACUCUUUAGGAACCUCGCUUCUGGUCUUGUGAAACUUCGCCUUAGAAAUAUGUGUUUUAUAGCAAGAGGGAGGGGCCCAACCUAUUUUCUCAACCACUUUGUUUUUUCUGGUUCCUGGUUUUAGGUCAUGAGGUUGUUUUUUUUAAAAAAAAAAAACUUGGAUUGAAUUUUUUUCCCUGAUGGACUUUACACUGUGAUGUAUAUAGAUUCCAACGUGGAUGCUGCAGCUGCUGCUGUUUGCACCUGUGGAGGGUGGGUGCUUUUUUUUUCCAUAUCUCUGUUGCAAGGAAAUGAUAAUAAAUAAUUUUCCUGGCUGCGUGGCAGCUGGGCUAUGC